AUGAUGCACUUAGAAUACCUCAUCCCACUCACCGUCCUCAUCCACCUCCUCCUCGCCCCCUCCACCAAAGUCGAAGAAUCCUUCUCCAUCCAAGCCGCCCACGACAUCCUCGUCUACGGCACGCCCACCACAGACAUCAACACGCGCUUGCGCGAGUCCUAUGACCACCUCACCUUCCCGGGGGCCGUGCCGCGCUCCUUCAUCGGCCCCUUGCUCCUGGCGGGCGUGUCGCAGACGCUCGUGGCCGUGCUGGGGUUCCAUCGCGCGCAGUUCGUCGUGAGGGCAGUGCUGGGACUUUUCAAUGCGGGGUGUUUGGUGGUGUUUGCGAGGGGGGUGAGGAGGGCUUUUGGGGGGUGGGCGGGGUGUUGGUUUGUGAUGUUGUUGAGUAGUCAGUUUCAUGUCAUGUUUUAUGCGUCGAGGACGUUGCCGAACAUGUUUGCCUUUGGACUGACUACCCUGGCAUUUUCAUUCCUCUUGCCUCCGAAAGAAGCCAAGGAAGCCCCCCGACGCCAGAGACUAGCCAUCACCCUCCUCGUCUUCUCAGCCAUCAUCUUCCGCGCCGAGCUAGCCAUCCUCCUCGGCACCACAGGCCUCUACCUCCUCUUAACGGGCCAAACGAACCUCAUCAAUCUUAUCCAGCCUUUCAUCAUCUCCUCCUUCGUGGCCCUCGCCGUAUCCGUCCCCAUCGACUCGUACUUCUGGCAAAAGCCCCUCUGGCCCGAACUCUGGGGGUUCUACUUCAACGCCAUCCUGGGCUCCUCGUCCGACUGGGGCGUUUCCCCCUGGCAUUACUACUUCACCUCCGCCAUCCCGCGCAUCAUCCUCAACCCGUACGCCCUACUCGUGCUCAUCCCGCUAGCCGUCUUUAACCCCGCCACAUCCCGCGCCGCGCGCUCUCUCCUCGUCCCCAGCCUCUUAUUCGUAGCCAUCUACUCCCUGCAACCGCACAAGGAAACCCGCUUCAUCUUCUACGUCUCGCCACCCCUCACCGCCACCGCUUCGCUGGGCGCAUCCACGCUGUCCCUUCGCGCGGCGAAAUCCACCAUUGCGCGCCUCAUGACGCUCGCGCUCGUCCUCUCUGUGCUCGCGACCACACUCGCCUCCUCCGCUAUGCUUCUCUUCUCAUCGCUAAACUACCCCGGCGGAGACGCCCUGUCGCACCUCGCAGACGUCCUCGCCAACGACCCCCGCUCCGACGUCUCCGUGCACGCCGACGUUUUUACCUGCAUGACGGGGCUGACGCUCUUCACUACGAAUCCUUAUGGUGUACCCUACGGAUCUAAGCAGCCUAACGGCGUAACCGUGCGCUUCGACAAGACCGAAGACGAAGAGACCCUAAAGGACCCGGAAUUUUGGAACUCCUUCGAUUACCUCCUUGUCGAGACCGGUACCACUCCCCCGAGCGGCUCGUGGGAGACCCUCGCCGUCGUAGAGGGCCUCUCCGGUCUGGAGAUCCUUAAACCGCGCGACGUGGAUCCCCACGAUGCGAAGGUUAGGGGACAUCUAGUGGGGAAGGGCGAGGAGGUCGCGUGGUUGAGGCAUUGGGUUAGGCUGGCUACGGGGGGUUGGUGGGUUGGGCCGAGGAUGGUGCCGAGGAUCAAGGUGUUGGGGAGGCGGGAGAGUUCGGGGGCUAAACCGAGCGGGAGCUUUGGGGUGUAG